AGAUGAUCGGAGCAUAGCACUUGACGUUUGUCUACGGAUACCAUAUCUUCACUAUUUCGCACAUAGCUAUAUAGCUGCUUUUUGUCUUACCCUGCCUAAACUAAAAUCAAGAGAAAUGGAUUCCCAGCAAACCGUUGACCAAAUCCUCAAGGAUCAUGUACCCGAAGAGUUGUUGAAGAAAGUUAACAAAGUCAUCUAUGGAGCCGAGAUUGAAGAGAUCGAGCUGCCGCCGAUGGACAAGGACCUGCAGUGCGAGCUCAAGGGCUACAAGCUGCCCCGGGCCAAGCCCGAGGAGAUGCGAGCGCCCCGCAUCGUCCGUGUGGGCAUCAUCCAGCACGGCCUCGUGCUGCCGAUCAGCGACCCGAUCAAGGCCCAGCGCGACGAGAUCCACAAAAAGCUGGUGCGCUACAUCGAGCACGCCGCCGCCUCGGGCGUCAACAUCGUCUGCAUGCAGGAGCUCUGGACCAUGCCGAUGAUUUUCUGCACCCGGGAAAAGUAUCCGUGGACGGAGUUCGCGGAGAACGCCCUGACGGGACCCACCACCGAGCUCAUGACCAAGCUGGCCUUGAAGCACGGCAUCGUCAUCGUCUCGGCGAUCCUCGAGCGCGACGAGAAGAACUGCGACAUCAUCUGGAACACGACCGUGGUGAUCAACGCGGACGGCCGCGUGCUCGGCAAGCAGCGCAAGAAUCACAUACCGCGCAACGGCGACUUCAACGAGUCCACCUACUACAUGGAGGGCAAUCUCGGCCAUCCGGUCUUCAACACGACCUACGGCAAGAUCGGCGUAGUGACCUGCUACGGUCGCCACCAUCCGCUCAAUUGGCUGGUGUACGGCCUGAACGGCGCCGAGAUCGUGUUCAAUCCGUCGGCCAUCAUAGCCGAGCAGUUCGAGACGCUGUGGCACGUCGAGGCCAGGUGCGCCGCCAUCUCCAACAGCUACUUCACCUGCGCCAUCAAUCGAGUGGGCACCGAGGUCUAUCCGCGCGAGUUCACCUCGGGCGACGGCAAACCCCCGCAUCGCGAGCUCGGCGAGUUCUUCGGCUCGAGCUACGUCACGGCGCCCAACGGCGUGCGCACACCCAGCCUGAACAGAAGCGGCGACGGUUUGCUGAUCGCCGAGCUCGAUCUCAACCUGUGCAGACAGGUCAAGGACUCGUGGAACUUCCCGAUGACCCGCAGAUUGGAUUUGUACUCGAAGCGAUUGGUCGAGGCGGCCGAGCCAGAUUUCGAGCCACAAAUUGUUAAUUAAAAACUUCUUCGUUUUCGUUACUGUUUCUUUUUGUACCAAUUUUUUUUUUUUUUUUUUAAUGUAUAAUUGUUUUGAAUAUUCGCAGAAAGCGUCAUAAACUUGCUUCGACCAAUAAAACUAAGCAGCCUAAUCUGUACUUUACUUUCGAUAAAAUAGUUUAAAGAAUGUAUACUUUAAGGCCUUUCGCAAAUAAAUAAAAAAUUAACCAUAAAA